AUGGGCUCAAGACUUUUUGCUUUGUUCAUCACUGGCGUUGUCCUUUUGGGCAGUAGAAUCUUGGCCUUGGACCAUACUGUUGUCGAAAAGAGAUUAAAUGAGAACACGGUAUCUCUUACAACAAAGGGAAGUCCACAACUAUGCCAACUUUGUGAGCAGUUUGCCACAGAAACCCUCUUCUAUUUGAAGGAGAAUGAGACACGGAUCGAAAUUAUAGAUACUCUUCACCAAGCUUGUUUGAAAUUUCAUUCACUUAAGUUAGAGUGUACAAAGUUGGUUGAUUAUUAUGCAGCACUGUUCUUCGAACAAAUUGAUUCUCUAAGCCCUGAAGAAUUUUGCGUAUCAGCAAGUCUUUGUGAGGAAGUUACAUACAUUCGCCUCCCAGGACAUGAACAUGCUUGCACCCUUUGCCAUGAGGUUGUUGAUGAGAUUCGUGCUGGUCUUGAAGACCCUGAGAUGGAGCUCAAGAUAAUCGAGAUACUUCUGAAAGGAUGCAACAACACAGAGAGUUUCGUACAGAAGUGCAAGAAGAUGAUAAUCCAAAACACACCGGUCAUACUAGAAGAUAUCAAGAAGUUUCUCAAGAAGAGAGAUUUCUGCGACUCUAUCCGUGUCUGUGGAGGCAAGAUUGUUCGCCCUCGAGGAGGAGGCCUAAGAGGCAUUGGACGUUUAUUUAUGAUGAUUCAGAUCUGGCCCUGUAUUGACUAUGCAUUCGUCACGGAGAUCUUCGCAACUUUGAUCAUAGAGUCAGAGCCAUGGUAUUUUGCCCGGACGAUGUUCGAUUCAGCGUUGAAGUGCACCAUGAUGGAUUUAUCCGUGGGUUGGCUCAACUGGUACUACCUAUUUGGAUGA